AUGGGCCUAUUAGAUCUUCUUCUCCAGUCCUCCAGUUCAUUCAGCCUUCUGGGGGCUGUGGUGUUCCUGCUGGUCCUCUACAUCUUCUCGUCCAGCUUCAGCUCAAAGAAAAAGAUGAAGGAGCCUCCAGGACCCACAGCACUUCCCCUGCUUGGCAACCUGCUGCAGAUGGAUCUCAAGAGACCCUACAUCACCCUGUGUGAGCUUUCAAAGAAAUAUGGAUCUGUAUUUACGGUGUACUUUGGACCAACUAAAGUGGUGGUGCUGGCAGGAUACAAGACAGUCAAGCGGGCUCUGGUUAACCAUGCAGAGGAGUUUGGGAACAGAAGCAUUCCCUUGAUUUUUCAAGAAGCUGGUCAAGGACAUGGUGUUUUAUUUAGCAAUGGGGAGUCAUGGAGAGAGCUGAGACGUUUUGCCUUGAGUAACCUGAGAGACUUCGGGAUGGGCAAGAAAGCAGUAGAGGAGAAAAUUGUGGAGGAAUGUCAGCACCUGAUCAAAGUGUUUGAGAAGCAUGAAGGUAAAGCCUUUUGUACAACCCAGUCAGUAUGUUAUGCUGUCUCAAACAUCAUCUGCUCCAUUGUCUAUGGCAGCAGAUUUGAAUACGCUGAUCCAGAGUUCAAAGCCAUGGUAAAUCGAGCCAGUGACAACAUUCGUCUUGCAGGCUGCCCCUCAAUACAGCUAUACAACACCCUUCCGUGGUUGUUUAAAUGGGUUGGCAACAGAAAGCGCUUUCAUAAAAACAUGGUAUCCAACAGAGAACAGAUGACAAAGCUGAUCAAACACUUACAGGAGACGCUGAAUGCUCAACAGUGCAGAGGAUUUGUGGACUCCUUUCUGGCCCGCAAGCAGAGUCUAGAGGAAUCAGGGAAUAUGAACACCCACUACAGUAAUGAACAUCUUGUGUCAAGUGUUGGCAACCUGUUUGCGGCUGGCACCGACACCACAGGAACUACACUGAGAUGGGGCCUGUUGCUCAUGGCCAAAUAUCCUCACAUACAAGAUCAGGUUCAGGAGGAGCUGAGCAGGGUGAUAGGAAGUCGUCAGGUCCAGGUAGAGGACAGGAAGAACUUGCCCUACACUGAUGCUGUCAUCCAUGAGACACAGAGAUUCACAAGUAUUCUCCCCGUGUCCCUUCCUCACGUCACCAGUCAGGAUGUCACCUUCCAGGGUUAUUUCAUCAGCAAGGGGACCAUAGUAUUUCCUCUGUUGGCAUCUGUUCUUUGGGAUGAGAAUGAAUGGGAGGGCCCACGCAGCUUUAAUCCUGCACACUUCCUGGAUGAAAAUGGGAAGUUUGUCAAGAGAGAUGCCUUCAUGCCUUUUUCUGCAGGUCGCAGGGUGUGUCUCGGAGAGAGUCUGGCAAGGAUGGAGCUCUUCCUCUUCUUCACCUCUCUCCUCCAGCACUUUCGUUUCACUCCUCCACCUGGUGUAAAGGAGGAUGAAUUGGAUCUGACACCAGCUGUGGGCGCCACCCUCAACCCCUCACCACACCAGCUGUGUGCUGUCAGUUGUGGCUGAGGGAACGAAUCUGAGUAA